AUGACGCUCGUGUCCGCGUCGACGCUGCUGCAGCAGCACCUGCUCGCACAGGGCGCACCUCGUGCGGCGGCACGCCUCGCGCGGGCGCCCGCUCCUCCGGUGUCGCCGCCGCUCUUUUCUCUCGACGCGCCCAUCCACCUGUGCGACACGCCCUCGUCGGCCGAUGCGCUCGCACAGAUGCUGCGCCGCACUCUCGCCAGUGCGAACGACACCACCCUUGCGUUCGAUGCCGAGUGGCGGCCUGACGGCCGCGGCCGCUGCAAGAGCCACCCGCCGUCGCUGCUGCAGCUCUCGACGGCGGAUGGCGUCUGGCUGGUCGACUUGGAGGCGGCGGCGGUCGUCGAGCACCCCGAGAGGCCGCUCGUCCUCUUCGCCGAGGUGUUGCGCAGCGAGAGCGUGCGCAAGCUGGGCUUUGCGGUGCAGGGCGACCUGGACAGGCUGCAGCUGCGCUGCUCGCCGAGGGCCGGCUUCGCGCCCGGCUUCGCGCUCACCGCCCGCCGCGUGGUCGACCUGCGCGAGGCGUGCAACCGCACCCUCCCCGGCGUCGAGCCGCCGUGCGCGGGCGGCCUCGCCGCCCAGCUCUCGCGCUGGGCAGGCGUCACCCUCGACAAGGCGCCGCCGCGCGUCGAGCGCGAGCUCGCCGCGAGCCCCGCCGCACACACGGAUGCCGCCGCCGACACGGAUGCCGCCGUCGACGAUACCGAGGCUGCGGAGCUUGAGGCGACGCAGGCGGAAGGUCUCGAGCGAGUGCGCGUCGCUGUGGCAGCGGCGGCCGCCGCGUUGGCGGGCGCCGUCCCCGGGAGGGUGCCUCCCGUCCCGCUGCGCGCCGGCGUGAGAGUGCUCUGCCACCCCAGCCUCGGCGAGUGCGCGGAGCUGUGGGGCUCGAGCGGCGACCCCCUGCACAUCCUCCGCGUGCAGUCGCCUCGCGUCGCCCUCCCGCACCUCGCGGCAGCGGCCGCGCGUGGGCUGGCGCCGGGCGAACCGGCCUUCGCGUGGCUCCCGCCGCCGGGCCUCGGGCUGGUUGUCGACUCGUCCCUCUCCGUGCUCGCGCGCAAGCUGCGCAUGGUCGGCGUCGACACGCGCGUCGCGGGCGAGGUGAUCAAGGGGCAGCAGCCGGCGGGCGGGGAGGGACAGGGCUCUCCGGCGCUCAGUCCCGCCGCCGCCGCCGAGGCGGCUGCCGCCAAUGGCGGUGGCGCGGAGGCGCACAUGCGCAGCGCCGCGCUCGAGGGGAGGCUCAUCGUGAUGAACGCGGGCGCCAAGCGGGCGGCGGGCGCACUUCCGGGCGCCGCCUACCGCUUGCUCGCCACCGACGCGAGCGCGCAGUUUGCGGAGCUGCUGGCGGUGCUCGAGUUGAGCGGGCUGGUCGACGCGGGCGGCUCGCGCUGCGGCAUCUGCAACGGCGACGAGUGGCAGACGCUCCGGCCGGACGAGGUCGAGGCGGGGCAGGUGCCGCACGCAGUACUGCGCGUGCAGCCCGUCUUUUACCGCUGCGGAGCCUGCAUGCAAAUGUUUUGGCCGGGGGACAAAUACGAGAGCACCAUGGAUGGGCUGCGUGCGGAGGGCCGCGACGUGCCGCCGCGACGACCGCCGCCGACCUCCAAAGACGGGUACGCUGCACUCGACAAUGCGAAUGAAAUUUAG